AUGGAUGACAACAAUCAGAUCUUGCCUAUUGGAUAUGGAAUUUUCCCAAAAGAGACUACAGAUUCUUGGACAUGGUUUCUUGAAAAACUACAUGAAUACAUUGGUGAUGUGGAAGCUCUGACAAUGGUCACAGAUACGGCACCCGCAAUUACUGCCAUAUACCCUCUUUCAGAACUUAGUGAUUGGGAGGUUCCAGAUGACCUUAUGGUUAUUAACCCUCCUGUGAUGGAAAUACGACAAGCCGGUAGACCAAAAAACACCAAUCGUAUUCCCUCUCAAGGCGAGGAACCAAAAAUAAGAAGGUGUAGUAGAUGCCAUAGCACAACUAAUAAUACAAGGACGUAUAAGGAAAUUGUUCCAAAUAACCAAAGUAAAAGUAAAAAAUGUACUGGGGCGUCAGGCAGUUGGACAAAAUCGAAAGAAGAGGAACCGACGCAAGCAACCGAAAACUAA